GCAGCUGCAACAGCCGAAACUGCCGUCUGCGAUCCGCGUGGGCAGCGAGAUCGAGCUGCGGUGUCACGUCGACGGCUCCGGCGACAUGACAUACGAGUGGUCCAAGAAUACGAUGAGCCUGGCGCGAAGCGAGCGCAUCGAGAUAAAGAAGAAAAAACUGCACAUACACCGGGCGGUUGUCGAGGACAGCGGUAUGUACACCUGCCUGGCGAAGAACGAGGCGGGCUCUUCGCCGGUGACCGAGAGCUAUCCGCUAAUCGUUUCCGGAAACGAGACCGCGACGAUUAAGGUCGUGCCGCGCAACCUGAUCGCCAAGCGCGGCGAGUCGGCCGCGCUGCACUGCGUCUUCGAGGACGCAGACGACGUGCAGUGGUUCUUCAAAGAGAUCGGCCCGUUGGAAUCCGACGAGGAGCGGACGAUCUUCGAGAACGGCACCCUCAUGAUACACGCUGCCGAACAAAGGGACCAGGGAUUCUACUCCUGCCAUGGAUUGAGGGACGAGGCUACUGUCAGUUAUACGGUCGAGUUGCAAAUUGCCUAUUUAUUGAACUUCUCAAUGGCCGCCUUCGAACCGAAACGUCCAACCCAGCUGGCGAUUGUCGGCGAGGAUCAAGAAUUCCAGAUAAGCUGCCUAGAACCCUUAGGCCUACCGCAGCCCAAGCUUUACUGGCGGGAUCCCAGGGGACACAUAAUAAGCGACACCGGGCCCGUGCGUGUUCAAGACAACACGCUCAUCAUCGCGCGGGCACGAAUGAACGAGGAUGACGGCAAUUACACCUGCGUGGCCGAGAAUCUCGCCGGUGAAACGGAUAUAUCCGUCCAAAUAGUCAUAUCAACCCCGCCGAGUAUCGUAAGCUCCCCGGAGUCGCUGAGUGUGAUGGAAGGUGACUCGGUGACGCUGACCUGUUCGUAUUCCGGCAUGGAACCACCGGUGACUUACGUGCACUGGCUGAAGGACGGCGUACAGUUGAAGGAGUCGGGCGGCCCGACCAGAUACCGCGUUACCAACAAUCACGGCAACGUUACUCUGCACUUCAAGAGCGUUGAUCUGUCCGAUAAGGGGCACUAUAUGUGCCAGGUGUUCACCACGGGAUUCCCGUUCAUGUUCUCGGACCCGGCGGUUCUCACGGUCGAGGAGAAGCUCAAGUUCUCGCCGCAGCCGGUGAACAAGCGGCUGGAGCUCGGCUCGACGGCGAAGGUGUCGUGCAAAGCGCAGGGCGCCACGAACCCGACGGUGAAGUGGGUCAAGGAGGGCGAGGACGAGGAAUUUCCCAGGCACGUGCAGGACGUUAACGGGACGUUGCACUUCAACGGUGUGCUGGAGGAGGACAAGGGCCGGUACACUUGCGUAGCGAGCAACGCUCAGGGCUCCAUCAAUCACACGAUCAGCAUCGACGUAGUCAUCGCGCCCAAAUUCACGAUACAGCCGCAGAAUCCGACGGAGGCUAUCGAGGGGUACCCGGUGAUGCUGCAUUGCGCCGCCGAGGGGGAUCCUAAACCGACCAUUCAGUGGGACAAGGACUCUCGUAUGAACAACCUGGACAAUCCCCGAUUCGAGGUGUUGAGUAACGGAAGUCUGUACAUCAAGGAAGUGUACCUCAGCGACGAGGGCAAGUACGGCUGCACCGCCGGCAACAGCGGCGGCCUCAAGCGGGAGGAGGUUCAGCUGAACGUGAAAGCAGGGGACAGUUACAGAGCCGAUCUGGACCUCGACUCCGACGACGGCUCGAUGAUGACCAAGACGGUGACGAUCACCCUGAGCGCGGCCGCGGCUUACAUGGUGCUCGUCGUCGGCCUCAUGCUGUACUGCCGCUACCGACGUCGCCGCAGGAAGCAGCAGUACCUGCAGGAACAAACGGAAGAGAAAUUGGAGAACGGCGACGUGCAGGAGGAGCAAACCGAGCUGAAGGAGACCACCGGCAACAAGACGAACUCGACGAGCAAGAAGAAGGAGAAUCGGGACUCUCACAACAAGAGCGACGGCGCCGACACCGCCCAGAGCCAGAGCAGCAACCAGUCGAAGAAGUCCAAGUCGAACUACGACAAGAUCGCGGCGUCGCGGAGCAACCUGAAGGAACUGAAGCCGCUCGGCCGGGGCGAAUUCGGCGAGAUCUACGCGACCAAGUAUCAGGUGGACGGCGACAAGGAGUCCUUGGUGAUGGUGAAGAGCCUGACCAACACCAAGGACGAGACGGCCCUUCAGGAAUUCAAGCGGCACCUCGACCUCCUGCACAAGCUCAGCCACGAGAACGUCGUCAAGCUGAUCGGCCUAUGUCGGGAGGAGGAGCCGGACUACAUGAUCCUCGAGUACACCGACUGGGGCGACCUCAAGCAGUUCCUGAUCGCCUCGCGCAAGGACAGCAACUCCAGCCCGACGCACGAGUCGAAGCCGCCGCGCGCGCCUCAGCUGUCGGUCGCGCAGAUCCUCGCGCUCUCGAACCAGGCCGCGAAGGGCCUGAAGCACCUGGCCGACAACCGACUGGUCCACAAGGACAUAGCCGCGCGCAACUGCCUGAUCGCCAGUAACCUGACGAUCAAGAUCUCACUGCCGUGCAUGACCAAAGAGCCGUACCAUCAAGAGUACACGAAGCAUCGGAACCAGGUGAUCCCGCUCAGAUGGCUGCCCUACGAGGCCGCUUACGAGGACGAGUACUCCACCAAGAGCGACGUAUACUCCUUCUCCUGCCUGGUCUGGGAGAUGUUCCAUCAGGGCGAGCUGCCCUUCAACAAGAUGAACGACGAGUCCGUGCUGGCUCAGCUCAAGGCCCAAACGCUCGCGUGGAAGCCGCACAAGGCGGCGCCGCCGACCCUGCAGGAGCUCCAGGCUCAAUGCUGGGCGAACGACCCGCGCGACAGACCGACCUUCGACGAGGUGGUCGCGAAAAUAGGCGAAAUUGUGGCCGACAGCUGCCUGUAA